CCACUGGCGGCGCGGAUGGCACGCCGGCGGAGCCAGCGAGUCUGCGCGAGCGGUCCGAGCAUGCUCAAUAGCGCGCGCGGCGCCCCGGAGCUUCUCCGCGGAACCGCGACCAACGCGGAGGUCUCGGCGGCCGCUGCGGGAGCCACAGGAAGUGAAGAGCUUCCGCCGGGAGACCGCGGCUGCAGGAACGGAGGCGGAAGGGGCCCUGCGGCGACGACGUCGUCGACGGGGGUGGCCGUGGGAGCUGAGCACGGAGAAGACUCCCUCUCUCGGAAGCCGGAUCCCGAGCCGGGCAGGAUGGAUCACCACCAGCCGGGGACUGGGCGCUACCAGGUGCUUCUUAAUGAAGAGGAUAACUCAGAAUCGUCGGCUAUAGAGCAGCCAUCUACUUCAAACCCAGCACAGCAGAUUGUGCAGGCUGCGUCUUCAGCACCAGCACUUGAAACUGACUCUUCCCCUCCACCGUAUAGUAGUAUUACUGUGGAAGUACCUACAACUUCAGAUACAGAAGUUUACGGUGAGUUUUAUCCCGUGCCACCUCCCUAUAGCGUUGCUACCUCUCUUCCUACAUACGAUGAAGCUGAGAAGGCUAAAGCUGCUGCAAUGGCAGCUGCAGCAGCAGAAACAUCUCAAAGAAUUCAGGAGGAAGAGUGUCCACCAAGAGAUGACUUCAGUGAUGCAGACCAGCUCAGAGUGGGGAAUGAUGGCAUUUUCAUGCUGGCAUUUUUCAUGGCAUUUAUUUUCAACUGGCUUGGAUUUUGUUUAUCCUUCUGUAUCACCAAUACCAUAGCUGGAAGGUAUGGUGCUAUCUGCGGAUUUGGCCUUUCCUUGAUCAAAUGGAUCCUUAUUGUCAGGUUUUCUGAUUAUUUUACUGGAUACUUCAAUGGACAGUAUUGGCUUUGGUGGAUAUUUCUUGUACUUGGCCUGCUCCUUUUCUUCAGAGGAUUUGUUAAUUAUCUAAAAGUCAGAAACAUGUCUGAAAGUAUGGCAGCUGCCCAUAGAACAAGGUAUUUCUUCUUAUUAUAGAGGUAAGAAAUAUUAAUCUGUGAACUCUGCCUAUUCCCUUUAUGUAUUCAAAUUUGCCAGAUACAUAUUAAAUGCCUAAUGUGUAUUCAUGAUUUUUACUGUUAGCAUAUUUAAUAUUUUUUAAUACUGCUAACAGUCAGCUUAUUGAAAUUUGAUAAGUCAUAGACCUUUUUAGAUAACUUUUAGAUUUUUAAAAUUGAAUUUCAUAAAUUUUAAUUUUUAAAAUACAUAGCGAGUGAACUGAAAUUUUGAAUCAGACUUUUAAAACUUCUCUUUAAAGAUUAACCAUAGAAUGUAUAUGAAGUAACCACCAGCACAAAAUUUGAAGGCUUGAAAAAACAAAAUAUGACAUAGUACUUAGACCAAAGGAAUGAGCAUUUUUGUCUAAAACAAUAUGAAAUUCACAUAGACAUCUGGUGGAGAAAAAAAUCUGAUUGAAAAACAAUUUGUCUUGCAGUCCUUUUAACAGUCUGGAUUAAGGAAUAAAAGUCACGUGAAGAAAAUAGUUCUGUUAUUGUUUUCUUAAUGUGUGCUGAUUUUUUAUCGACUAUGAAGGCUACAACUUGAAUAAGUAGGAAUAUGAAGAAAUGAGUAGAAGUUGUCUUACUGGUUAUCCAGUGAAUUUCUGGAGGUCGUGGGUAUAGUAAUAGUAUUUAUUUAUUGUUCAGCGGGAGUAUCUUCACAUAAAGUAACCUCAUACUCCCUAUUCUACUUUUUAAAGCAAGUACCAUGUACUUUAUGCCUAUAAAUAAGGUAAACUUAUAAAGCAUUUGAACUCUGUAACCAAAAUGUCUGCUAGUACUUAAUUUCUGAAUGCAGGACUAUAGGGAACAAAGUGUUUCAAGUUUAUUAAGUAUUCUUUUUUCAAAUAAAUAAAUUGCAUGCUUUGUGAUUUGGUUGCUUACAUUUUAUCAUUUAUAUAAGUUAUACAUAAGCUUAUAUAAUUUACUUAUUUCUGCUAGAGUACUAUGAAUACAUUUGUAUUUCUAGAUCAUGUUGAAGUAUCAUUUUAAGUGUUCUAUUAAAGUCUCCCCCAACCACUCCCAAAGAAGUCGCUUUUUUAUUUUAACAAGCAAAAUAUCUUUGCAGACAGUGGCAUUAAGAAUUUGUCAGUAUUAAUAAUAAGAUUAAAAGUCAAAGUAAUUUUGCUGUUUUACUAAUUUGUGUGAUUGUCUUCUAUGCAUUUUGAAGAGUCUAAAAUACAAUGCAGAUAUUUUCUAGAUGAAAAUCUGCUAUAGAAGCCUUACACUUUAGAAUGUAUUCUGAUAUGUAGACUUUAAUGAAGAGAAUAUUGUAUACUUAAUAUAAUUCUUCUAUAAAAUGUGUUGUAUUAUACUAUGAUUUAGAUAAAGACAACUUAAUACAUUUUAAGACUAAUUCCUUCUUUGUCUCCAGACUGCAUCAACCCGACAUUCCUUUCUUAUACCAAUGUGAAAUUUCCAGAUCAUCUGUAAACCUACAACUUUAAUAGAAGACUACUAAUAACAGAAGACAAAUUAGUGAAGAAAAGACGGAACUUCGAAGUUGAAUGGCAGGGUGGUUUUUGCUUACAAGCCAUUUCUGUUCAUUCUUUAAGUAUCUAUAUUUCAUUUGUUUUGCACAUAUGCAUAUGUGCCCAUUUAAGAUAUUUGCAUAUACUUGAUAGAAACCAUAAAGUUGUAGCAGUUAAGUCCAGUCACAUUUGGUUAAUCAGUGUUUGAUAUAAUUGAAAGAGUUGAGUGGAUAAACAGUCUUCCAGCUUGUAAAUGCCAUUGACUUCUGACCUGACAUUUAGUAUAAUAAAAAAUGAAAUUCUUAACCAUGUCAAAUGAUUUAGUUUCUGGCUCUUAGACUCAUCUGGCAGUUCUACACAUGAAACAUCUUUUGUUAUAUAAAGUGUAUUGAAACCUGCAGUGCUGAUUAUUAGAAAGGAUUUGUCAGAUUUUUGAACAUGAUAUUUACAUUAUUAUUUAGGAAAACUCUUCCUGUAAAUAACCAUGCAUAACUUACUUUCUGCAAUGUUUUCUUAGAAAUUGUGUCCAGAUAGCUUUCACUAAUUUUAAAUUAAGUGAACUAAAUAUAUAUGUGUAUAUGUAUACACAUAUAUAUACACACACACAUAUAUAUAUUUAGAAACCUGAGUGUUAAAGAUAGAAUUUUAGGACAAAUUUUAAGAAAAUGUGGGAAUACCAAAUGUCCUUUAUAAGAAAAAUAAAUUUUUUUUAAGGGACAUACUAGUUUUAGGGAUUUUCAGAUGGGAAGCUGCGUUUUUAGGAUUGCCCGUCUUAGAGAUUCUUGCAGGAAGAGAUUGUAUUAGAUAUUAUAUUUAUUUCAUUUAAGAUAAUUUUCAAAGUUAAUUUUCUAAAUAAGAUAAUUCUCAUUUGUGUUUGUCUUUUAAAAGGCCAAUAAAAUAUCUUUCAGUAUCAUUGUAAUAAUUUUUUUAGAGUUUAAUUUGUAAAGCUUAGCAAAUAAAAUCUUGUACUAUUAAUAGCUUCUUGCUUUAUGACUUUAGGAUUAACUUGUAAAAAACAUAUCCUGAACUGAGAUAUGCAAAACACUCAUUUUCAAGUUAUGGAAAUGUGUUUGUGGCACAUAGGACUGUGGGGUCUGUGUGUGUAGUGAGAGUGUGUAGCCACUAUUAUAACUGGAAUUUAAUUUACAUUCAUAAACUACUAUAUUUCCCAUCUUGCAAAUCAUUUUAUGUCUCAUCUGUUUUUCCUUUCAGUUAUAUCUUUGGUUUUGAAUACCAACAUUUAAAAUGAUGGUAUUUUAUCUUUUAAACUUAAAAAUUAUUUAAUACAGCUAUAUGGACCUUAUAAAAUUGAUUUCUUAUUUAUUAUUAGACAUUACUACUAAAAGGUACAUCUAACUAUUCAGGGACAUUUUUCCAUUUCCAAAAAAUAAAAUUUAUUAUGCUUUAUAACCUCUUCUGUAUUUUCUAAUUUUUUCAUUGUCUUUGAUAAAUAAAACAUAGUUUUGUUUUGCUAAUAUAGCCUAUUUUUUGUUUUGUCUCAUUCAGUUUACUUUCCUGCGUAGAAUUUUUAUUGUUAUAUUAAAAUUUUUAUUGUUGUAUUAAAGUACCUGUGUUACACCCCUUGAAGUAAGACAGUAGCAUGGGGUAAAGAAAAAAUAUUUAGUUUAGUUGCCUAAUUUGGAAAUUAAUUAAAAAUUAAACUGUACUAAUAACAUAUUCAAACUCAUGCUGGAUCUCUUUCAUAUUAAUUUCUUAUAGACCUGUACUUUAUUCUUUCAAUAAUUUUUAAAUGAAAUUAAGCUUUGCUACAUGGUAAUUAAAUAAUUACUAGGAAGCUUAGCUAUCAAACAUUGACUUACUAAAAUUUCAUUUUAGCUUUUAUGGUAUAUGUGCUUGUUUUCUGAAUAUGGAUACAUGUUACUUUUGAUCCAGCAUCAAAACUUCACUUUUUGUUUUGACUUUUCCCCCCAAAUCUAUAAGGUUCAAGUAUACAUAUUACUGAAUCCUCUAUAAUUGGCAUAAUUCAAUGGUAGCCUUAAAUCUCAUCAUGUAAGCAGGGGAAUCAGAAUGUUAUUUUCAAGAACUUAAUGUUCCCUUCAGAUAUAUCAAAUCCUGCAUACUUCAUUUCCUGUGAGCUUGAACAGCUGCUGUUGUGUUUUGGGGAUGCUUGAUCAUCUUUGCACUCUGCCUUAAAGAUUGAAAAAUCAAAACUCUUGUUAGGGUAUCUAAACAUUUUUGAGUGUGAACUGGGGAUUGGAAGUUAAUACAAAAAAAUUUCAAAUUAUUUCUAUUGUAAAUGAGUAAGCUAGUCAUGGCUAGGAUAAUCCAUUUUCAUGUAUUUAUGCAAUAAACUGAAUUUUAAGGCAAAAAUAACACUUCUAUAUAGUGUAUGCAGGACAGAUUUUAGAAACUUAGAUUAAAAUACAAAUCCCAUUACAUUUGGUUAAAAUGAAAAUCUCUGCUUAAUGGAAAAAAUACUAAUCUUUAGCCUAUUUUGAGUCUAUAAUAUUUCAUUUUAGACAUGCCUUCUAAGUUGUUCACAGAUUUUUACCUGCUAAAACAAUAUUAUUUCCAGUAAAACCUCUCCUAACAGGAAAAGUGGAGUUCAAAAUAUCCAAUUGGAGAAAAAUUCAGAGUUCCUUCAUUAAAUAUAAUUUUUUUCAUCUAGUAUGUACUAUUUCAAGAAGUGCAAAAAGUAAUGAUAGUGAAUGUGAUACCAUACUUAACUAAGGUAAUAUAUAUCCUUAGUUUGCUCAAAAGAGUCCUGGUUAUUCCUGUUUUCUCAGCUUAAUAGUGCCUCAUCGUACUCUCAAAAGUGUUCAUUUGGAGGAUAAGUUAUACGAUCAUCCUGUGUAUAAUUGUAGACUGUACCAAGAAGCAACUACCUUAGCUCCACUGCCCUUUGAGGGAUGGAACUGGGGUAAGGGCAGGAGCCAGUUAUUAUUGCCACAGUGUUUUCUAAUGAACCAUUUGGCCUGUAGAGGAGGAAUAGUAUUUUUUUUAAUAGUUGUAUUUGAAUGAUUCCAGCUUAUCGUAAAUACUAAACUGAAUGGCUUUUAUAUUUUUAACUGCUGUUAAAUGUUAUUUUAGCAUUUAUUAGUUGUUUAUUAUUUAAUUCUUCAAAUAGUCAUAUGAAAACAUAUAUUUGAUAAAGGUCAAUUGUUAGAUGAUAAUGUGCCAUUCAUUAUCAUAGGAAUGUCCUUGCCCAUAUAUAAAACAUGCUGGCAUGUAUUUUACUUGUUAAUAAAGUUGUAUAGAUGUGGAAGUGUGAA